UUGAGGGCUCGCGACGUUUACAGCCCAUAGUCCACUUAUCUUGCAGGAACCCUAAAUUUGUGGCGAAGAACACGAUUGAGACCUGCGUCUCACAUCGUUUGGCGGAGACGAUCCAGUUCCGUAACGAGGGAGUUAUGAUUUCACGUCUUUACUUUUAUUGUCUUAAAUCCCAUUUAAUCAGACGUGAAAUGAGAUCUCUUCAGUUGCGUUGUUCGUUAGGCGAAUCCGUGUAUAAAUAGGUUCGACUCUCACUUUUGAUAAUCGCGCUUCUGAAAUCUCUCUGCUACUAUUCUCGUUUAUAUUCAUCUCUUACUACUCAUCCCUCUUCAUGGCUAACUCAAAAGUGUUUUUUUCGACCUGAAAUCCGGACGGUGUUCGCCUGUUGUGGAGGCGAGGCUGCUGAGAUUCUGGGAGGCAAGGAAUGUCAAGCGUGGUGGGGAGCUAAUGUGGGCCGAUCUGCUCUUUGUGGACGUUAACUGUCUCCCUUACCCUUUCAGGUUCCGUCCCCAGUCAGAGUUGGUUGGUUUGAACCAUACACUGAGGAAAAAUGAUGACAAAAGGAAUAUGGUGUAGUGCUGCAGGCUCCACUUCCAACAGGUCCAUUACAGCACUAACAAGAAAUAUCACACGGGUGAAGAUUAACUUCCCAGCGUCACAAAAGUCGCUCUUCUUGCUCAUUGUUUUGAAAAGACCAGAAUGAUCCUUUCGGCAAUUCCAGAAAUAAUUGUUUUUAUGUGCGGCAGAGACACACAUCACAGAUCAUUCUUCACUCUCUUCACUUUCUCACUGUUUCUAAGAAACUCCCGAGUGUUCUCACGAAUCGAAGCUUCAGCAGUUUCAGAAAUGGCAAAAACAAGAGGAGGAGGACAAGUUGGUUCUCGUCGGAGUAGACGUAAUCAAGGCUUGGAUGUAGUAGAUCCAACACUAACAGUGAAGAAAAGAACAACAAAGAAAGUGGCUGCCCCAACAAAGGCUUUAGUUCUAAUGCCAACGAGAAGAAGUAGUAGAAUCAAGAAAGUGGCUGCUCAAGAUGACGAGGUAGAAGAUGAGCUAGAAGAUGUUACACCAGAAUAUAUUCCGCGAGAUGAUGAGCUAGAAGAUGUUACACCAGAAUAUAUUCCGCGAGAUGAUGAGGUAGAAGAUGUAACACCGGAAGAUGUAACACCAGUGGCUGAUCAAGCUGAGAAGGCAAGGUCUGAAGAUGAUAAAGAAGAAGGAGAAGCUUGUUUGAAAGGACAGGAACAGAAAGAGGAUGAUGGAGAACCUGCUAAUAUGGUAGAAGAUGAAGUUCUCAAUGAGGAAGGGAACGAAGAAGUCAGCAAUGCUCAAGAUGAUGAGAUUCCUAGUAACGAAGGAGUUGAGCUACAAGGGGAAGAAGUGAAAGAAAAAAAUAGAAAAGGACCAACAAAGAUGCGUAGAGUGGCUGAAAAUCCUAAUGAAAAGGUUGCGGUCACAUUCACUGACUUUGGUGAGCAUGUUGGACCUGGUUCAGUAACACUAUCAUCUUUUCUUGGUCCUCUUGUGAGGGAACAUGUUCCGGUAACACUUUCUGAUUGGAGAAGACUUGAUGCAGCGACUAAAGCAACAAUGUGGGAAGAAAUUCAGGGGAGGUUUAACUUGCAAGAAGAGUGGCAUAAAGCUGUUAUUUUCAAGCAGUUGGGAAGCUUGUGGAGGGCUGGGAAGUCAAGGCUAGUGUCACAAGUACGGGCAGCGAAGACUGCUGCUGAGAGAUUAAAAUUAAAACCCAGCAACGUCCCAUCUAUACAAGUGUGGAACACUUGGGUUAGGAGCAAGACUACCUCAAGAUUCACGGAAAUAAGUAAUAGGUACCGAGAGCUGAGAAAAAAUCAGAUUCCUCAUACCACCAGCCGCAAAGGAAUGAUUCGUUUAGCUUAUGAUAUGAAAAAAAAGAGUCAAGACCCGAAAAAAGUGAGUAGGAGUAAGGUAUGGAUUGCGGGACAUACUCACGCUGAUGGUAGACCCGUGAAGCCUCAAUAUGCUGAGACUAUUGAACAAAUCCAGUCACUUGAUAGUCAAAUGGACUCUACAUCAGCUGCUGAUAACAUAAGGGAGGAUGCUGUCACCAAGAUUUUGGGAAAAGACAAACCUGGACGAGUAAGGGGGUUUGGUAGAGGGAUUACGGCUACUAAACUAGCAUUUCUGCAAUCUAGAGACGCAAAGAUUGCUGAUAUGGCUAGUGAGAUUGAAGAGUUGAAGGGCAUGAAAACUAAUGGUGAGACUGAAACAUCUGAGACAAGUGUUGGAUUCAAAGAAGGAGUCAGAGUACAAAUACUGGAUUGGUUUGAGUCAGAAGAUGUAGUUGUUGGUGAAGGAGAAUUUUGCUCUGAUGAACCGAUGUACAAAAUUGGUCGUGUGCCUAUUGGUCCUAAUGUAGUGGCUGUUAUUGUUAAGUCUGCAUUAAUCUCGGAAGCUUUUCUCUGGAGGCCUACGACAGAUGUAUUAUCUCUUGAGGACGCAGUGGGAUGCAAAGUAGCUUGGCCAAUAAAUAAAGUGGUUUUGGACAGGAAUCCAGUAGCGUCUCAAGAUGUAUCGAUGCAACACAAGGAAGGCGAAACUCGAAGAUGCAAAAUCUAUGACUGGACUUCAGAAGAAGAAGAGGUUAUUGCUGAAGGUCUCCUGUGCUCAUCUAAUUCCAAAGAGAUGGUUAACAAUAUACCUCUGGGUCCAAAUGCGGUGAGCAUUGAAGUGGUGAAGGUGUUUAAAGAUAAUGCUCAUUUGUGGAGGCCAACUGCGGAGAUGUUUUUGAUUGGUGAUGCAAUUAACGAGAAAAUCGCAUGGCCACUCCUCAAGUUUGAAAUCAUGGCUUCGAUCACUACAGCUGCAACACCUGCAAAACCUGCAGCCACGAAAACAGCAUCACCUACCAAACCAGCAAAGAAAAAAGCAAUGAGGUCAGGCAGCACUAGUACCACCAAAAGUGCAAAGCAGAAGUGUAUUCUCUUCGACUGCAGCAACACCGGACGUAAGGUAGCUGAAGGAAGAGUGGCUUCAACUGAUCCGAAAGAGCUGUGUCACUUUGUGCCCCUGGGUCCAAAUGCAAGCAAGGUGUGGGUUGAAGUGGCUAAGAUUGGUGAUGCAAAGGUGUGGAGGCCAAAUUCAGAGAUUGAAUACAUCUCUGAUGUAAUAGGUUCGGUUGUGGCAUGGCCAAAUGAUAAACUGAAGUUGGUGUGAAAGUCUGAAACAAUGUAGCUCUAGUUGUGUUUUUUUUUCUCGACGGCUCUAGUUGUAUUUCUAGUUUGAACUUAUGUGAAGUUAUGUGUAAUAUUUAUGUGUGAUAUUAUGUGUAAGUUCACAAACAAAAAACAAAUAUUAUGUGUAAUAUUAAGAUAUAAUCUUGUGUACUA